AGCAUAAACCCACGAUGGCGGUCAAAAUCCCAUCCCUCGCUCGUAUCUUCCUUCUGUCCGCCUUCCUUUCUUCAUGCGUUUAUCAAUCUAAUGCUCUAUGCAACGGAGCUGCGGCAUUGCUAUGCUGCCUCAACGUCGUACCCGCAACUGACCCACUUGCCAUCGCUGCGCUAGCAUUGGCUGGGACCACAGCCCUUCCAACUCAACAAAUUGGACUUGUCUGUGUGCCCGCGCUCGCUGAGACUGGAAUUCUGUGCCUCACCAAACUAGCUGCAUGCGACGACAAUUCACACCUUGCUCUUGGCAUUGGAUGUUCGACUGUUAAGCCUGCGUAGAUCACAGUGCGGAAAUCAGUAUUUCGUAGCGCACAGGCACGGCUUGUAAUAAUGGUUGACAAAGCACACACUCUGCAGAAUUCCACAAAUGUUCCUGGCAUCC